AUGCCCGUCACCCUCCGCCGCUCCUGCCCCGCCUGCGCCCGGGCAAAGCACAGCUGCGACCUCCGCACCCCGCGCUGCUCCCGCUGCGUCCGCCGCAACUCGCCCUGCCACUACGCAAAUGCGCCUCUGACCGCCACCGACUCCAGCCCGGCUCAGCCCCUCGCUCUCACGCACCGGCGUCGUCCCGCCCCGGUGGCCAGUCCCGGCACGGCCUCUCCUCCCAGCGCCAGCAGCAGUCCUGGUGUUGUGCUCCUCGACUUUGGCCUCGGCGCUGCCUGCGAGCCCUUCGAGUCGUACCCCCAGAUCCGUCUCCCCCGAAAUGUCGUCCAGCGUCUGAUGGAUCGUUUCCUCUCCAAGAUUGCCUUUACGUACUACCCGCUCGAUCGCAAUGCCAGGUCAAACCCCUUCAUCCCGUCAUGGUGGCCCCGCGCUCUCGCGGACCCUGCCCUGUUCCAUGUCUCUCUCCAGACGGCCUCCCUCGACGAGGAGCUCUUGGCCCAGAAGGGCUUCCCAAACUCCCAGGUCCUCAUGAACGACUCCAUCUCGCUGCUCGCCGCAAAGGUCGCAUUGCUCGUCACUGGCGAGCCCCAGUUUCCGACCCAGGAUGACGCACAGACUCAGCAUCUCAACGAUGGCCUCGCCCCAAUCGAAGAAUGGACCACUCUCCUAUCCAACCGGGAGAGCUAUGAGCUCGACACUCCGGUGGACAUGGCAUCCGCGCUAGACCCCGGUGUUGCCAAUGUCUAUUCCAGGUGGCAGCAGGGAGACGGCUUCUUCGCGACUGAGAAGCCGAGCAUCGCCGAGUCUGUCACUGGCUCCCUCAAGGCCACACUGCCCAGCAUAAUUCCUUACUACGUGCACAGCGAGUAG